CAAUUUCAAUUGUUUAUAAGUUCUAGAACGAAAAUGGCUGCUGCAUCAUCAUCGACUUCUAGUACGGGAAGAGGACGGAACUUCACUCUCGAUUACGAGCCACCAGUGUAUUGCUUCUGUGGACUGAAAGCUCCCCUUUGUGUUUCGAGACAGAGUGGGAGUAAGUUCUAUGGGUGUCAAAAAUGGAAGGUUCAUGGGUGUGGUUAUUUUGCCUGGGCGGAUAGUAUGGAAAGUAGAGGGGUGGCCAACGUUGCAGGGAUGAAUGAAAAUGCAGAUGAUUUGAAGUUCAUGGUUUCAAGAGUUGGUGAACAAUUAAGUGCUCUACAAGGCCAAGUGAAUGGUGUGAGAAGGGUACUUCAAGCAGAUGCAAAGGAUACCAAAAUGUUUAGAAACCUUUGUGGAAUUGGUUUGGUUAUAGUAGUUGGUUUACUGGGAAUGGUUUUUUAUAAGUUGAGUACUAUGUAGUGAGAAACGUUGUGUAAUAAUGCAUUGUACUGGGAAUGGUUUUUUGUAAGUUGAGUACUAUGUACUAAGUUUACUGGAAAAAGUUGUUGGCUUGUGUACUGGAUGUAAUUGAAACAUUGUGUAAUAAUGCAAGAGUAUUAAUUGAUGGACUCCCCUGUUUUUC